AACACCACCCGGCGGCAGAACCGCGGAGACAACGUGUUUCCGUGCGGUAUCCCCGCCUGUUCAAACUCCGGGAAAGCACCCAGUUGUCCCGUUGGUGGCCCAAACCAAAACACUAUGGCGGCGCCCAACUGAGUGAGCUGCGGCCUGACGAGCUACAGACACAGCGGACGACACUCCUGUCUUCAGAGGUUAAAAACGACUCUUAAAUUAAAGUAUGGACGCCGUUGGAGAAGACGAACCGGACCCCAUAAAGCUCAAGUCUAUCAAGAACAACAAAACAUUCACAGUGCCUCAAAAUGACAGGUUUGGGAGCUGCAGAAGUGUCAGAGAGUUUGAGAAACUCAACCGCAUAGGAGAAGGAACAUACGGCAUUGUGUACCGAGCGCGAGACACAAAGUCAGAUGAAAUUGUAGCAUUGAAGAAAGUCCGGAUGGACAAAGAGAAAGAUGGGAUCCCCAUCAGUAGCCUCAGAGAGAUCACUCUGCUGCUGAGGCUGAGACAUCCCAACAUAGUGGAACUGAAAGAAGUGGUUGUUGGCAGCCAGCUAGAGAGCCUGUUUCUGGUGAUGAGUUACUGUGAACAGGAUCUGGCCAGUCUGCUGGAAAACAUGCAGACACCGUUUUCUGAGGCUCAGGUAAAGUGUAUUGUCCUUCAGCUGCUCAGAGGCUUGGAGUAUCUCCACCACAACUUCAUUAUACACAGGGACCUGAAGGUGUCUAAUCUGCUGAUGACAGACAAAGGCUGCGUUAAGAUUGCUGAUUUCGGGCUGGCCAGAAUGUACGGCAUCCCACAGCAGCCCAUGACGCCUCGAGUGGUCACACUGUGGUACAGAGCUCCAGAGCUCCUCCUAGGGACCAAGAGCCAGACUACAGCCCUGGACAUGUGGGCUGUCGGCUGCAUCCUGGCUGAGCUGCUGGCUCACAAACCUCUGCUGCCAGGAACCUCGGAGAUCCAGCAGGUCGACCUGAUAGUUCAGCUGCUGGGAACACCCAACGAAAACAUUUGGCCGGGUUUUUCUCAGCUGCCCCUCAUUGGUCAGUACAGUCUGAGGAAGCAGCCAUACAACAACCUGAAGAAUAAAUUCACCUGGCUGUCUGAUGCUGGACACCGACUGCUCAACCUGCUCUUUAUGUACAACCCACAGCGCAGAGCUACUGCCAAAGAUUGUUUGGAGAGCUCCUACUUCAAAGAGAAACCUCUACCCUGUGAACCAGAGUUGAUGCCAACCUUCCCCCACCAUCGCAACAAGCGGGCUGCUCCUGCAGCAGAGAGCCACUCGAAACGGAGCAAAGUGUGAUGAAGACUCUAACGACGAGACAUUGGACUCGAAGACAAACCUGUGGUGGUGACAUUCUUACAAAUGUGCACUCAAAGGAUGGACGUUGGUGUCUGGCCACGCUAGAUCUGCUCGUAAAGACUUACUCUGGAACUUUGAGCAAAUGCAAAACAGAACAGUUCGUAUCAGUUUCAGCACAGCCACAGCAAACAGACUUGGAUUAACACAUUGCUGGACUGCUUUCACAGAACUCUGUGUUCGGUAUAAUGCAGCAGAAGUCGUGAAGAUUUCGAAAGGCUGCAAGAGCACAUUUUCUGCUGUAGAUCUGGUUGUUUGCAGCACUGUUCAUGGGCUCAAUAGAAAUCUCCUCUGUUAGGUUUCUGAAGUAUUUCUUAAUAUUCACAUUGCUGCCAAGGUCUGCGCGCUAAAUGAAGCGAUAGUAAUGAGGACAAUGUUGCCUUGACAGAUAUGCUGAGGUAUUUCAUCCCUUGUGUGGAGCAUUUGUCACAUUUUUAGAUGUGCUAUUGUAACCGUCUCUGCUGUUCUGAUAAAACUAUGAAAGGGCACGGCAACAAGGAACUGAACCAACUUGCAUAAGCUCAGUCUGCCCACAGAAACACUGGGUCUGUGUGACAGCCUCUCGUAGGGAUUUGAGCAGAAGAAUCAAAGGAAACAAGAGUUGGUGGCAAAAUCAUAAAAAGCUCUCAGGUUUGGUCCUCCCAGCAUCAGUAUAAUGUCGAUGACCAGCUGUGUGUCCUGUCGAAGUGUCCUUGAGCAGAAAUACUGAACUCCUCAAUGUACUUGCUUAUUGUUAUUGUUAAAGGAAUAGUUUGACUUUUUGGGAAAUAUUGAUACCACUCUGAGAUGUCUGCAGGCUAAAUACGUAGCUAGUUCUUAUGUUGAGCUAACAGGCUGCUGGCUGUAGCUUCCUAUUUACUGCAGAGCCCUAAGAUUUGUAUCAGUCUUCUCAGAGUAUUCCUUUAAGAGCCUCAGCUUCAAUGCCUAAAUGUACUGUAAAUAAAGAGUGGCCUCAUUAGUAGAAAUCACUGAAAUGGUGUUUACUCCCAGCUGUCAAUAAAUAGGUAUCAUGGGUGGCACGGGUAUGAUGUUUUGGCAACGUGUUAUGUGUGCAAUCCAUUACAGGAGAUUUAAAAAGUAGCUGAUAGCAGUUAGCAGCUAAUUCAAAAAAAGACAAAUAGUGGCCAGAAAUGUCCAAAAAUUGAAAAACAAUGUGGUCUGGGAGCUCCUAAUCCUGCGAGCAGAGGACAAGGUCAGCCAAUAUUUAAUACAGAGAGUAAAUGACUGUUAUUGCCAUUGUUAUUGUUUAUAAAGUGCUGCUGAUGCCUAUGUGUUACGUUGCACUAGAGGCCGACGCUGUUGUGCUACAAGACACACCUCUUUUGCUUCCAUGAUGUGGGCAUGCUGUCUGAAAUCACACACUGGGGUGACAUGAUGUCACUGUUUGGUUUUGUGUAAAAAUGCAAAGCCUGCACGAAGAAGAGACUUCACAGCGGCCUAAUAGUCCAAAUUCUGUGUGAGAAGGGCAAAUGCUACAUCUCAUGCUGUCAUAAGUGCGAGCCUCUCAUCCAUUAUUAGAUGCAGGCUUCCUCCUCACAGUGAUACAGAUGGCGUGUGCAGAUAAGUAGAAAGAAAAUACUAGUUUUCACAUGAAACUGUUCACAACAAGGUCUGUGGAAUAUCUUAAAUACUGAGUCAUGAUUUCUGUAAAGAGACAUUGCUGUUGAGUUUAUUAAAUGUAUUUUUGUGGAGCUUUGAGCACCACAUGCUGAGUGUCAUCUAGUUCCAUUAGAUAAGAGAAAAGGCAGACAUAUCUCUAACACUCGGCAACCCUCGCC